AUGUUAAGAAACGUGAUACGGCAGUCUUCUUUACGAAGCCGGCCCGUCAGAAGUGGAGUUUUGUUCAAACAGUUCCAUCAGACGACGUAUGGGCUCCAGGAUAAGAAGGAUCUAAACGAAUCGAUCAUGGACAAGCUUCAUCUCGAACAAGGGCCCUCUCAAACCGAGCAGAACGAUUCUACGUACGAAUCAUACGUGAAGUAUCAGGCAAUGUUUGCCGGACUUCUUGUGAUUGUCGGUUCUGUUGGAGGAUACGAAGUCUACCGUAACUGGGAGUAUCUGAGACGUAAGAUCUUCGGCGAUUCUUAUGAUUUAUCUCACUUUGAUGAGGUUUAUGCCCAGAUCCAGGAGAAACAGCAGAAGAAAAAAGACAGACUGGAGACCAUGAACGUGACAUUGACGAAUCCGAACUCGAGCGAAGUCCCGGGACUAUAUAUUUGUGGAGACAACUCUAACAAGAUGGUCUCUUCUGAUUCGAAGGUGAAGUUCCAGCCGAUUAUGAAGAGAUUAGACAUUUUUGACAAGUUUGUGGCCCGUGAUGUUGUUCUGGGCGAGUCUUCCGGCGCAUUGAUCAAUAAGAAGGGCGAUCUUUACCAAUGGGGUGCAGGUUUCGGUGCAGACUCGUCGAAACCGACUUUGAAAGGCAAGGACUUGAUCAAGGCCCAGAUCAGCAACGGAGUUGUUUAUGCAUUGACCAAACGUGGAGAGGUGUUGUAUUUUCCCGAGAGUGCUGCCCAACAGAAAGAGUUUGGCCAGAAGGAGAAGGGAUGGUUCUUCUCCAGCACCAAGAAAUAUGCUAAGAUUUCCGCCAAGCAACCAAUCAGAGACAUUUCAGCCGGAAAGGACCACAUCGUCUUGUUAGAUACCAAGGGUUCUGUUUUGACUGCAGCUACUGGACUAAAGACGGUAGACAAGUCGCACGGCCAGUUUGGAAUUCCCGAGUUUUCCCAGUUUGACGCGCCUCCUGCUCCUAACACCGCACACGAGGUGACUCUGUUGAACAAAGUGAGAGAGAACAACAGUGUUCUUGACAGAGAGAUUCGCAAAGUGGUCGCGGGCAACUAUUUCACCAUGUGUCUGGAUAGCUUGGGAAAUAUCUGGACGUUCGGUAAGAACACUUAUGGAUCUCUUGGAAAAGAGGUGGACUACAACACAGAGAUUAUUCCGUAUCCAACGAAGGUGGAGAUGAUUGGCAAGAGAUUCAAGCGCAGCGAUCUUCCUCAAUGUGUCGAUAUUGCUGCUGGAGGCGACACGGCAUAUGCUUCGUUUGUGUCUUCGGACAUUUACGAGCUUUUUGAAAAGACCAUGAAGAAAAAUAAGAGCUUUGACAUGGAAAAGCUUUCUGACGAGCAGAAAGAGUCGCUGGUGCAUUUCUCGUGGGGACACGGGCUAAAGGGUGAGCUCGGAAACGGCCACUUUGUGCAUGGACAGGCCGAGCCAUCUAAGAUCCAGAAACUGAACGACUUGCGCGAGUUCAACGAGGUGUCCAACAAGAUUGAGGUUUUGGGACUACGUGGAAUCAGUGUGGGAGGUAACCAUGCGGUGGCGACGCUGACGAACGGCGACGUUUACGACUGGGGAGACAACGAGUUUGGCCAGCUCGGUAAUGGCAAGCGGAUCCGGUCCGGAGUUCCUGCUCCUGUUCCAUCGUUAUUGGAACCUGGUCAGAAGAAACAAAAGUCCACAAACAACCGUCUGCAACUCGCCACCACCAACAAGUACACCCAGGUUGUGGUUGCCGGUCCUACAACCACGGCCAUAUACUAUAGAUUACGUAAUUGA